CGGUUUCAACCGGUUACGAGUUUGUUGCUUGUGGGAAGGAGGCACAGGCUCAGUCUCUAUUACCGCCCUGGUGCAAAAUAUACUUCAGUGCAGAGCACAUUUCAGGUUAACUUUGUGUCGUAACAUGAACCGGACUGAGAAAAUACCGAACUCGCCGUGAUUGUUGAUGCGGAAUUCACAUCCUUGUGGUCCUUAAAUCAAGCUACUAGCUUGUGUAGUCUUCACAGAGGAAUAGUGGGGCUGGCCAGUCAACGACUCAUCCUAAAAAAAAAAAAAAAAACACCCGGCACCAACGAUACUGGAUCAAAUAAACAUAAUUUUAGCAACUCUGGCAGACAAGCCCACCUUCUUUCUCUCAAAGGCUUGGACUUUAGAGCUCUAUGCCAGCAAUUAUGACAAUGUUAGCCGACCAUGCAGCCAGACAGCUGCUGGACUUUAACCAGAAACUGGAUAUCAACCUGCUGGAUAAUGUGGUCAACUGUCUGUACCAUGGGGUUGGGCCACAGCAAAGAAUGGCCCAGGAGGUGCUGACUCAUUUGAAGGAGCACCCAGACGCGUGGACUCGUGUUGACACUAUUCUGGAGUUCUCUCAAAACAUGAACACCAAAUACUAUGCUCUGCAGAUUCUGGAAACAGUUAUUAAAACAAGAUGGAAGAUUCUGCCCAGAAACCAGUGUGAAGGCAUUAAAAAGUAUGUUGUGGGCCUCAUUAUAAAGACAUCAUCAGAUGCAGCCAAUGUCGAGAAAGAGAAAGUGUACAUUGGAAAACUCAACAUGAUAUUAGUACAGAUCCUGAAGCAGGAGUGGCCGAAACACUGGCCCACAUUUAUCAGUGACAUUGUUGGAGCGAGCCGCACCAGUGAGAGCCUUUGCCAGAACAAUAUGAUCAUUCUCAAGCUCCUCAGUGAGGAGGUGUUUGACUUCUCCAGUGGCCAGAUGACACAAGUGAAAGCCAAACACCUGAAGGACAGCAUGUGCAAUGAGUUCUCCCAGAUAUUCCAGUUGUGCCAGUUUGUGAUGGAAAAUUCCCAGAAUGCCCCACUUGUGCAUGCUACAUUAGAGACUCUGCUGAGGUUUCUCAACUGGAUUCCCUUGGGCUAUAUCUUUGAAACUAAACUCAUCAGUACUCUGGUGUACAAGUUUUUAAAUGUGCCGAUGUUUCGCAACGUGACGCUGAAGUGCUUGACUGAGAUAGCAGGAGUCAGUGUCAGCCAGUACGAGGAGCAGUUCGUCAGUCUCUUCACUCUGACCAUGAUGCAGCUCAAACAGAUGCUUCCUUUGAACACCAACAUUCGAUUGGCGUAUGCAAAUGGUAAAGAUGAUGAGCAAAACUUCAUUCAGAACCUCAGCCUGUUCCUCUGCACCUUCCUCAAAGAGCACGGACAGCUGAUAGAAAAGAGACUGAACCUCAGAGAGACGCUUAUGGAGGCUCUACAUUACAUGUUGCUAGUGUCAGAGGUGGAGGAGACCGAGAUCUUUAAGAUCUGUUUGGAGUACUGGAACCACCUGGCAGCCGAGCUUUACAGAGAGAGUCCUUUCUCAACAUCCACCUCUCCUCUCCUCUCAGGGAGCCAACACUUCGAUGUACCUCCCCGCAGACAACUCUACCUGCCUGUGCUGUCUAAGGUGCGUUUGUUGAUGGUGAGCCGCAUGGCCAAGCCAGAAGAAGUGCUAGUGGUGGAGAACGAUCAGGGCGAGGUGGUUCGAGAGUUCAUGAAGGAUACAGACUCCAUUAACCUUUACAAGAACAUGAGGGAGACGCUUGUCUAUCUUACCCAUCUGGACUAUGCCGAUACCGAGCGUAUUAUGACAGAAAAGCUUCAUAAUCAGGUGAAUGGUACUGAGUGGUCCUGGAAGAACCUGAACACGUUGUGCUGGGCCAUUGGUUCCAUCAGUGGAGCCAUGCAUGAAGAGGAUGAGAAGCGGUUCCUUGUCACUGUCAUUAAGGACCUUUUGGGUCUAUGUGAGCAGAAGAGAGGCAAGGAUAACAAGGCCAUCAUUGCCUCCAACAUCAUGUACAUAGUGGGCCAGUAUCCACGGUUCCUACGUGCACACUGGAAAUUCCUGAAGACUGUUGUCAACAAAUUGUUUGAGUUCAUGCAUGAAACCCAUGAUGGAGUGCAAGACAUGGCGUGUGACACAUUCAUUAAGAUUGCUCAGAAGUGCAGGAGGCAUUUUGUGCAGGUGCAGGUGGGAGAGGUGAUGCCCUUCAUUGAUGAGAUCCUCAACAACAUCAACACCAUCAUCUGUGACCUCCAGCCCCAGCAGGUGCAUACAUUUUACGAAGCUGUUGGCUAUAUGAUUGGAGCGCAGACCGACCAGGCUGUACAGGAACACCUGAUAGAGAAGUACAUGUUGUUGCCUAAUCAGGUGUGGGACAGCAUCAUUCAGCAGGCCACCAAGAAUGUGGACAUCCUGAAGGACCCGGAGACAGUGAAGCAGUUGGGCAGCAUCCUGAAGACCAAUGUCAGAGCAUGUAAAGCCGUGGGACACCCUUUUGUUAUUCAGCUGGGCCGGAUCUACCUGGACAUGCUAAAUGUAUACAAGUGCCUCAGUGAAAACAUCUCUGCUGCCAUCCAAACUAACGGUGAGAUGGUGACAAAGCAGCCUCUCAUCAGGAGCAUGCGCACAGUAAAGAGAGAGACUCUAAAGCUGAUCUCAGGCUGGGUCAGCCGCUCCAAUGACCCACAGAUGGUGGGGGAGAACUUUGUUCCUCCGCUGUUGGAUGCUGUGCUCAUUGAUUACCAGCGCAAUGUACCAGCGGCAAGAGAACCGGAAGUGCUCAGUACCAUGGCAACAAUCGUAAACAAACUGGGUGGACACAUUACUGGAGAGAUCCCACAGAUAUUUGAUGCAGUGUUUGAGUGCACAUUAAACAUGAUCAACAAAGAUUUUGAAGAGUACCCAGAACACCGGACACAUUUCUUCUACCUGCUGCAGGCGGUGAACUCUCACUGUUUCCCAGCAUUCUUGGCCAUCCCACCAGCCCAGUUUAAGCUUGUGCUUGACUCUAUUAUAUGGGCUUUUAAACACACUAUGAGAAAUGUGGCAGACACCGGCCUUCAGAUUCUCUACACGCUGCUGCAGAACGUGGCUCAGGAAGAAGCGGCAGCUCAGAGCUUUUAUCAGACAUACUUCUGUGAUAUCCUACAACACAUCUUCUCUGUAGUCACAGAUACAUCACAUACAGCCGGUUUGACUAUGCAUGCUUCUAUUCUGGCGUACAUGUUUAACCUUGUUGAGGAAGGAAAAAUCAGUACAGCUCUAAACCCCUCAAGCCCAGUCAACAACCAAGUGUUUAUUCAGGAGUAUGUGGCCAACUUGCUCAAAUCAGCUUUUCCACACUUACAAGAUGCCCAGGUCAAAGUAUUUGUGACUGGCCUGUUCAGUUUAAACCAAGACAUCCCAGCAUUCAAAGAACACUUGAGGGAUUUCCUUGUACAGAUCAAGGAAUUUGCGGGUGAGGACACCUCAGAUCUAUUCCUGGAGGAGAGAGAGGCAUCGCUGCGUCAGGCCCAUGAGGAGAAACACAAGCUGCAGAUGUCCGUGCCUGGCAUCCUCAACCCUCACGAAAUACCUGAGGAGAUGUGCGACUGAAUUCGCACACAAACUCACAGCACACACACUGCGCUGACUCCUAAACAAACUAAACACACGACUAAAGUGGUGUUGUGGCUGCUCUUCUGUGGGUUUUCUCGUAAGUGUGUGUGUGAGCACUUAGGCUCUUCCUGCAAGGAGGCGAUUUCCGCACUUGGCUGUCUCUUGACCAAAACAAUGCCAAUAUGUAAAAGAUACUGUCACCCAGUGGCCCUAUUUGCAUAGUACGUGUUUCAUACAGACACUUUUACGUUUUACCUUUCCAUUGUUAACUGCUUACAUUUGGUCACUGUAAUCCGAACAUGCAUGAAGUGUCACAUCUGUACAAUUAACUCGCUUGUGCUCGCUUUUUUUUUUUUUUUUUUUUUUUUUUUU